GCUUUCACUCUAGACGCGGGGGAGGAAGUGGCUUUCCGGACACAUCAGGAGACGUCGGACAGUCAGGGAUCACGAUGAACGCUUUGAUCUGGGUUUGAGGAGCUUUAUGAGAAUAUGACAGCAUGAUGAGUAGAAACAGGGACGUAUCACACUAAUUACAGCUGCGGGGAAACGCGUGUGUUGUCACAGAUAUUAUGCUUCGUUUAUAAAGCUCUAGGCAUUUGGCUUCUGUCACCUUCUCUUAAUGAAUACCUCAGACAGCGAAGAGGACUCUUACAACGAGAGGUCCGCUCUGGUCCAGUCCGAAAGCCCAACCAUCCCCUCGUACAACCAUGAUCACGAUUUGUCUCUGCCCCAGAAAACGGACACCAAACGGCGGCAGCCAGCCAGUUCAGUUUUGGAUGAGCCAGGGCCGGCGGAGCGAGAGCGAGCGUCCACUCCUGACGGAGAGGAAGAGGAGCUGACCCUCAAAUACGGCGCUAAGCACGUCAUCAUGCUCUUCAUCCCUGUCACGCUCUGCAUGGUGGUGGUGGUGGCAACAAUCAAGUCUGUCAGUUUCUACACGGAGAAGACCUCACAGCGGCUCAUCUACACUCCGUUCGAAGAGGAUCCGAACUCUGUCGGUCAGAGGCUCUUGAAUUCGCUCCUCAACACCAUCGUCAUGAUCAGCGUGAUUGUGGUCAUGACCAUAAUACUGGUGGUGCUUUAUAAGUAUCGCUGCUAUAAAUUCAUUCACGGCUGGCUGAUUCUGUCGUCACUGAUGUUGCUCUUUUGGUUCAGCUUCAUGUAUCUGGGUGAGGUGUUCAAGACGUAUAACGUGGCUAUGGACUACCCAACGUUAGUGAUGAUCAUCUGGAACUUCGGCGUGGUGGGAAUGAUCUGCAUCCACUGGAAAGGGCCUCUGCGGCUGCAGCAGGCUUACCUCAUUGUUAUCAGCGCCCUCAUGGCCCUCAUCUUCAUCAAAUACCUGCCCGAAUGGUCGGCAUGGGUCAUACUAGGAGCCAUCUCCAUAUACGAUCUGAUAGCGGUGCUUUGUCCGAAAGGGCCUUUGAGGAUGCUGGUGGAGACGGCGCAAGAAAGAAACGAACCAAUUUUCCCUGCACUCAUAUAUUCAUCUGCUAUGGUUUGGAUGGUCGGCAUGGCUGACUCUAGUCAUCCAGAUUCAGCGGAUGAAAGGCAGCGGAAUGAGGGCGGAGCCCGGGCGCAGGAAGGGGUGGAGUCAGAAGACGAUGCGGCCCAGGGAGGGAGGCGGCGGGAUUCAGCAGAAGAGGACCUCGAGGAAGACCGAGGGGUGAAGCUGGGUCUCGGUGAUUUCAUCUUCUACAGUGUCCUGGUGGGGAAGGCGGCCGCUACCGGAGGAGACUGGAACACCACACUGGCCUGUUUCGUGGCCAUCCUCAUUGGACUGUGCCUGACGCUUCUCCUUCUGGCCAUUUUCAAGAAGGCUCUGCCGGCUCUGCCCAUCUCCAUCACCUUCGGCCUGGUCUUCUACUUCUCCACAGACAAUCUGGUACGGCCCUUCAUGGACAGCCUGGCAGCCCACCAGUACUACAUCUGACAGAAACCCACAGACACGUGAAGGACUUUAUCAAAACAGCCGUUUCGUUUCAAGAGAUUCAAACGUUUUUAGUUCUUAUCUGAGCAGGGUUCUGAUCUUGCUGGGACUCUCCAGGUGAGUGAACGAAGGUGUGAAAUGUAUCGAAACAAGCAAACCGAUUUCAGUUCUGAGCUGGCAUUUUGAUUUUUUUUUAUUAAGAGGCCGCGCAUCAGCUCUUUAGGAUAUACAGUAGUUUUACUAUUUUUUGUACUUACUGAGAAGGCGUCUCGAGUGUUAAAGAAGGGUCUUCUUGACAUAAUGACUGAUAAAGUGAAGAACAGAGACUCGGUCCUCAGACAGAAGCCUGUAUAUGUGGCCUACGUGCAGCAGUGUGAGUGCUGUAGGCUUGCCAGUGGUUACAGCAUAAUAAACUAAUCACACAAAUAGA